AUGAGGUCCCUCCUCGGGAUAAUAGCAGCCCUGAGCUGCUGGCAGCUGGCCUCUGCCGACAGAGACCAGCGGCGGUACUCCAACCCAACCUAUUAUAACGUCGGAGGGGUACUCUCUAGCAAUGAGUCCAUUGCGUUCUUUAAAGAUACUAUUUCGAAUCUGAACUUUAAGGAUCAAUACGUCCCACGAGGUGUGACUUACCACGACUACUCAAUCUUGAUGGACCCAAAUCCCAUUAAGACUGCUUUGAACGUUUGUAAAGAUUUGAUUGGCCAUCGGGUGUAUGCUGUCGUAGUAUCCCAUCCUUUGACUGGAGACCUGUCUCCGGCAGCCGUCUCAUACACGAGUGGAUUUUACCACAUCCCAGUGAUCGGUAUAUCUUCAAGAGACUCUGCCUUUUCUGACAAGAACAUUCACGUCUCGUUCUUACGGACAGUGCCUCCAUAUUCUCAUCAGGCUGAUGUGUGGGUCGAUGUUCUGAAACAUUUUAAUUACAUGAAGGUCAUCUUCAUUCAUAGUUCGGACACCGACGGUCGAGCCAUUCUAGGCCGAUUCCAAACGACAUCCCAAAGCGUCGACGAGGAUGUCGACAGAAAAGUGGUGGUUGAACAAGUUAUUGAAUUUGAGCCAGGCUUGGACUCUUUCAGUGACAAACUUAUAGAAGUAAAAACUGCGAGGUCAAGAGUGUUCCUAAUGUAUGCCAGCAAAACAGACGCUGAAAUAAUUUUCCGCGACGCGACGUUCCUGAACAUGACGACGACGGGCUACGUGUGGGUGGUGACGGAGCAAGCGCUGGACGCCGCCAACGCCCCCGAGGGACUACUCGGGCUGCGCCUCGUCAACGCCACCAACGAGCACGCUCAUAUCCAGGAUUCCAUCUAUGUUCUUGCAUCAGCAAUACGAGACAUGAAUACGACUGAAGAAAUUAACGCACCGCCAUCGGACUGCGACAACUCAGGAAGCACAUGGAAUACUGGUCGGCAUCUUUUCGAUUACAUAAGGAAGCAAACUUUGGAGAGUGGAGCGACGGGCCAUGUGGCGUUUGAUGACCACGGGGAUAGAGUGAACGCCGAAUACGAUAUGGUCAACGUUAGAGCACAAGGCGAACAUGUAGCGGUUGGGAAAUAUUUCUAUUCCAAGGAUAUGCGAAAGAUGCGGCUAGAGCUCAAAGAACAAGAAAUAAUUUGGAUGGGCCGUAGUCCUUCGAAGCCUGAAGGGUUUAUGAUACCUACUCACUUGAAGGUAUUAACAAUAGAGGAAAAACCCUUUGUGUACGCACGACGGAUUGAUGAUGGCAGUGAUUGCACCGCUGAAGAAAUUCCGUGUCCACAUUAUAAUACUACCGAUGAUACAGAUCAAAUGUACUGCUGCAAGGGUUUCUGUAUGGACCUCCUGAAACACUUGGCUACAUGGAUUAACUUUACUUACUCUUUGGCACUUUCACCAGAUGGACAAUUCGGGCACUAUGUUAUUAAAAACUAUUCUGCCCCUAGCCCGAAAAAGGAGUGGACCGGUCUCAUAGGAGAACUAGUGUAUGAACGAGCGGAUAUGAUUGUGGCCCCACUGACCAUAAACCCUGAGCGCGCAGAAUUUAUUGAGUUCAGUAAACCUUUUAAGUAUCAAGGUAUAACAAUUCUGGAGAAAAAGCCGUCUCGGUCCUCGACGCUGGUAUCGUUCUUGCAACCAUUUUCGAACACCUUAUGGAUAUUAGUGAUGGUAUCAGUACACGUAGUGGCAUUGGUGUUGUAUCUGCUGGACAGAUUUUCACCAUUUGGAAGGUUUAAGCUGGCCAACAUAGACGGGACAGAGGAGGACGCGUUGAAUUUAUCGAGCGCUAUUUGGUUUGCGUGGGGUGUGUUGUUGAAUAGCGGCAUUGGAGAAGGAACGCCACGCAGUUUCUCGGCGAGAGUGCUUGGCAUGGUGUGGGCAGGCUUUGCUAUGAUCAUUGUUGCUUCCUACACUGCCAACUUGGCUGCUUUCCUCGUGUUGGAACGCCCAAAAACCAAACUCACUGGAAUUAAUGAUGCUAGGCUUCGAAACACAAUGGAGAAUCUCACGUGUGCAACAGUGAAGGGCUCGGGGGUGGAUAUGUACUUCAGACGUCAAGUGGAGCUGUCCAACAUGUACCGAACCAUGGAGGCCAACAACUACGAUAACGCUGAGCAGGCCAUUCAGGAUGUCAAAAAUGGAAAAUUAAUGGCUUUUAUCUGGGACUCCUCUCGUUUGGAGUUUGAAGCGGCUCAAGACUGCGAGUUGGUGACUGCUGGAGAGCUAUUCGGUCGCUCUGGCUACGGUGUUGGAUUACAGAAAGGAUCUCCGUGGGCUGACAAAGUGACUCUAGCUAUACUCGACUUUCAUGAAAGUGGUAUAAUGGAGUCAUUGGACAACAAUUGGAUAUUACGAAAUAAUCUUUUGAACUGUGAAGAAAACGAAAAGACUCCGAACACCUUGGGUUUGAAGAAUAUGGCGGGGGUGUUCAUACUAGUGUUAGCGGGCAUUAUAGGGGGAAUAGUGCUUAUCGUGAUCGAGGUGGUGUACAAGCGGCACCAGAUUAAGAAGCAGAAGAGGCUGGAAAUCGCUCGUCACGCGGCUGACCGCUGGCGCGGUACCAUUGAGAAGCGGAAGACUAUGAGAGCCUCGAUAAUGCCUUCGCAACGGCGCGCCAAGUCGAAUGGAGUGAAGGAGGCCGGGAGCAUCAGCCUGGCCGUGGACAGAGGCGCGAUCAGGAGGCGCGACGAGCCGAGAGUGCCUCGGUACCUCCCUGCCUACACUCCCGAUGUCUCGCAUCUGGUCGUCUAACUUUAGACUGUAAACCGUAACGUUUACUCAUAUGUGACGUGGUUCUAUGAGGAAUGGGAUGGGCUUCUUCAUAGGCCAUCGUGCAACGUGGUCAUUACAACACCAAAUAAUUACAGAUAAUUUUAGUAAAUAAUAUAGCACGGCCUAGAAUUAAAAGAUAUUUUGGUGGCGGUCUUUGGUAUAAAAUGAAAUCACUUGAGCUAGUUGAUUUUGACGAGCAACGAUAACUGGGUCAACAACAUAGCGUAAUUUUUUAGGCGCACUACAACACUGGAAUUAAUAUAUAUAAAUGAAACUCCGUCGACUUAUUUCAAAAACGGAAGUAUCAAAUUACACGGAAUUGCCUACUAUACAUAUUGAUUUUUAAGGAUGUUAUUUUUAUUUCACUUAUUUCUCUAUAAAUAUUGAGUAAUAAUUAAUGUAUUAACUUGUGAUUCCUGCCUAUGUUAAAUUUAUAGAUUUUAUGUAUAUAGGUAUAGUUUAGGUACGAAUACUAUUAUUGUUCGGUGAAUUAAACAAACGUGAAAUUUUUAGUAA